AUGAAGAAACGCUUGCAGGAGGAAUUCUCCCAGAGUGGAAUUGAAGUUGAAGGAUUGAAGAUUGAAGUCGAAAAUUUGGAUGAAGUGAACGACACUAAGAAGGCAAUAGAAAACAGGUACAGUAUAAUCUAAAUCUACAGGCCCCAAACAUGCAGACAGAGAAAAAUAUCGGUAUAAGAGAUAGCGCGUCUUCAAGGGGUAAAUGAGAACUGAGAUUUGCCUAUAUUUGGAAUGGGAAAACGGGAUUUGGGUUACUGAGACUGGAAAUGAAAGACACAAAAAUGUGAAUGGGAGAACCCACGUACAUUAUAAAGACAUUUGUAGUUGCACAUUUCAGAGUGCAAUAACUUUAAGAAUAGCUGCAUAGUAUUUUUUUAUAGAGAAUUUGUCUUAAAAAGAUCAAGAAAAACUGAAUUUAACCGACUUAUGGCUCAAUGACUCCAAUGAGGUCAUGUUUCUGCUAUUGUAAGUCAGUAAUACACCUUUUUCUCGGCAAAACUAAUUCUAAAGAGGACAAUUAAACGCAGAAUUGUGUUCAAAAGUCAUCACAUAGAUGAGCAACCUGCCCUGGGAUUUUCUUUCAAUUUUAUAGUGGGCUGAGAUUUGAUUCCCCAUUGAUACGAGUAGAGCGGAAGAUUCCAGAAAUAUCACGAAUCUGAAACACGUGCCUUUAAUGUUGGAUUCGUGUUCAUGGAGCUACGAAUCCGUGGAAUUACUGUGAAAUGUUCUUCAAAUUUUCUAACAGUUGAACAAAAGCAGGUUCCUCACUCGCGAAUCGUCAUGCAUCGUCUGUAAACUUUCAGCAUUGUAAAAUUAUUAACCACUAAAUUUCGUGUUUAAAUCCAGAGUUAAAAUUUAGCAAGGUGAUCCUAACUCACACCUUAGGUCAACUUUGUUCGAGUUCAGAGCUUGUCGGACAAAAGCUUUACAUUGAAUUGGAAAAUUGCAAUUUUGAUCACCCAGUUUGAACCGUUUUGUAUUUAUCGCAACCGGACAAAAUUGUCUCUAAAAACUAAAAGCCAGAAGAUUGAGAACAAAUAAUUAAUCUCAAAUGAUCUGUGUCAGUGUGGAUGAUGGAUUUAGUCAAAAUAUGGUGUAAACAAAAAAUCAAAAUCCCAUUACAGAAUAUAUUGUUGAAAAGUGAAAAUUACAACAAAUAAAUUAUAUGAAACAAAUAUGGCAUAAGGUGAAAAUGUAAAGUACUGUCAAUAUCUGCUUUUGACAGGCAAAGACAGAUCGAGCUAAACAUAGGAAAAACGUUCAUUAAUGCCAUAGGGGUGGACAGUGCUAAGUUUGGAAAUGGGGCGCAUUGCGGCUAUCGUGCUUAUACAGAAAUGGGACAGGGGGCUCGAAUUUUCAUAUCUGAAAUGCUGUAAUUGCCACUAUUAAAAUCGGUGACAACAGACUGAUUAGCAUCGUUGCCAAUGACAGCACGCCGAUGCUCACCAAACCUUGUCCUCAAAAAUCUCCCUGUUUACCCAAUGCAAAAUAACAUGCCAAAUUUCGAUUACUUUUUUAUACACCCUGUCAAAGCGAGCUUGCUCUGCCUCCAUAAAAGCAAUCACUACUACAGUCGUUACUUAUAUUGUAGGCGUGGUUUGAAUGGCCAGAAAGUCUUGGACGUGAAAAAAUAUGGGGAAUUGAUGAAAGAAAUGGACAAAAAACUGGAAGAAGUAAAAGCAAACCAACAAAGGAUGGAAGACAACAUGAAAAAUUUGAAACAGGAAAUCAUUGACGAGAUAAGAGGAUCUGUAAGUAAUAUAUCUUACAUGCACGCGAAGGAGUUAUUAUAGUGAUUAUAGACGACAUAGGUUGAGGGUUAAGAAAUAGGAGUAAGGACGUAUACGAUUGUAUCCAGUGAAACGUACGAAAAAGCAACAUAAAAUAAAUUCCUUGAUUCCCAUCACCGUCCGAUCGUAUUGUAUAAGCCACAUAAAUUUUUUUUAUAUACAAAAUAUUUCAAGACGGUUAAGUUUGAAAAAAAGUUUGCAAAUUUUUCAGUUAUUAGUCAUAAAAAGUUGGAUCUGCCUAGGUUUCCCCCUUGUACUCACUUUGACCAAUAAGAGACGUUCGCAUCACAACUGUACCUCACGAAAGAAUAGGUUCCAGUCUAAAUAAAGUUGGUUCAGUUCAUUUUUCUCGCUGUUCUAGCUCUAGACCAAUAAAUGAUGACCUAGAUCAAGUAGAAAUAAUGCGUUUUUGAUGUGCUUUAUUUUUGGAACAGGCCACUUCGCGAAAAAGAUCCAGAACAUCGACAUCUCAAUCUACAAGCGGCCCAGAAGAGAUCAUCGUAAUCGGAGGCAGUGGAAAACGGGAUACUACACUUGCUUCUGUUGAAAAACUCCAGUUAGGGCAGAGUGAUACAAUAUGGGUUGCUCUUGCCGCUAUGACUGCCCCAAGGUCCCAUGCCACGUCCGUCGUUAUUGGCACUCAGAUUAUUGUCAUUGGCGGAGCUACAGACAGUAUUGAGACACUGGAUUUUGGUCAGCGCCCUUUACAAUGGAUCAAAUCCAAAGCAGUGUUGCCAUUUUGUUCGCUUGGUCAUUCAAGUAUUGUCUAUCAAGGAAAGUUGAUUGUGAUCGGUGGUUACAAUGCCAGCAAAGGUAUGUAUUCUCAAACAUAGAUAUUAUAGUAUAUUAAUUAAUUUACCAUAAUGUUGCUUUAAUUAAUAGAAGCCAAAUAACUCAUUUUGCAGGUGCAUAUUCUGAUGAAAUCUACGAGGUUCUCCUAAGCGCACCCUAUUCAUCAAAACUACUGUGCAAGCUUCCGAAACCGAUAGGUUACCAUGGAACAGAGAUGAUAGACAACAAAAUAUUCCUUUUUGGAGGAAAAAAAGAUGGUCUCCUCUACGAUGAUGUCAUGGAAUAUGACCCAGUUAAGAACGAAUGCAAAGUGGUAUCAAAAUUACCCUACCCUCUUCGAUAUGUCUCCACAGUACAGUGGGAAAACAAGGUGAUUCUAAAUAAAAUGUUUGUUUUUCAGUACUUAUCAACUGUUAAAAUCCAGGAAACUGCUAUACCCAUCACAGUUGAGCAAAUUUAACUGGAUCAUAAGAACUUAUCGCGCAAAUUAGCAGGAGGGAGGGGGUUGAAAAAACGAGGGGUCAUACAUUUUCGAACCCUAGAACGAAAAAACGGCGGCUUCAUUCUUGUAGAAUUUUCAUAUCUCAGCCGACUAUUUAUUAAGUCCGGCUUUACGAAUCACUAUUGCUCUAAGAAACUAGAGUACAUGGUCUUUCAGAAUACUAAAGUAAAUUUUAGAAACAUUUCAUUUGUAAAAAGCAAAGUUAUCUGACGAGUGGAAAAACGGCGGAGAAACACUAGCAAAUUUUUAUUUUUCUGGACUAUCUAAGAGGCAUUUGAACUAAUUUCAAGCUGAACACGUGACAUAGUUUAGAGCUUGUGCCCAACAAUAUUAUAUUAGAAACUUAAAUAAUCUGUCACUGUAUAAGUGUAGAACUGAACGUUUUAAAAACAGUUUCUUCCAAGAGCAAUUGCUGAAGUGAAUGCCACGAAAUAGAGGAAGGAACCUACCUUAGAUUAAAUGGUUGAAUAAUUUAUAUUUUAACUAUUAUCGUUAUUCUUAAGCUAUUUUACCAUGUAAAUGUAACUAUUAGCUAAAUGUGACCUUGAAAGUAAACACAUUGUAAUUCAUUUUUUAUGCGAAAACGUGUCAUUAAACACCAAAUAAUAAAAAUAAUAAUAAUAAUAUGGACUGCAGUUCUAUAUUAAUCUUACCUUUUCAUUUAGUAUUUAGCUUUUUAAGUAGGGUAUAUUUACAACUAUAAAAAUUCUCAUUCAUGUGCAAAAAUUGAACAACGUCGAUCGGAAAACCUUAGUAAUUCUUCAGCUCCCGCAGCUCCUGGAGUUAAUGUUCCAGUAUUUAUAGAGUUCACUGAGCCGCACACGUGCCAAAUCUAAAGUUCUCUUCUGUCCCGAGAGGUCACCCCUUUUCGGUCUUUCCCUCUUCACUGUAAAAAUUUAUAAUUGUUGUUUCUGUUUUGUUUUCCCAAAGGUGAUUCUGAUUGGAGGGGAAAAAGGAAACGACAUUCCUUUAAAAGAAGUGAUCAUGUUCGACAUAAAAUCAGGAAAGUAUAGCAUGCUUCCCUCCAUGAAUCAUGCAAGGAGAGGUUCCUCAGCUAUUAUCUCCGGUGACCUCAUUCUUGUGAUAGGCGGCUACGGUAAUAAAGGAGCAACCAGAUCAGUGGAACGUUAUGACGUCAGCGAGAAAAGUUGGAAAGACCUACCGUCCAUGAAAGAAGCACGUGGUCACACAACUGCCGUUGUAUGCCCAAAGUUUUGACUGCCUGAGUGAAAUUGACAAUGGUGUCUGGACAUUGAGUGCAAGGAAUUAAGUUUUCAUGUUGAUUUAGAUUCGGAUUUGCCAAGCAAAAAUUAACAAAAUAAAGCCGAUUAAAAAUUGCCGGCCGAAGUCAACUUUUUCUACCUUUGUGAAUAAUUUGAUUAAUUCCUAAUGUGUUUUUCCAAACAAUAUAUCCGAGGGUGAUGUCUCUGUUAAGGGUUAUGCAAUAGUUCCAUAAAUUCAAGGUGUCACAGAUCCAAUCAAGAGAAUCUUAAGUAAUUGUAACAUUAAGGUUGCCUUAAAACCCUAUUUGACUUUAGGCCAUAUUUUCGCAAAGCCAAAAGAUCCUGU